CCUUUCCUCCUCUUCUUCAUAUGUUUCGAUGAGCAUUCCAAGACACAGCGUUUUUGCUUCUUCUUCUGCGGCGGGCGCUUCCUUUACCUCUAUCUCAUCGGCUUCCACAGCGCCCAGUGCGCUCUUUAGCAGGUCUCAGGCCAGAGAUGUUUCGAACUCUGAUGCAGGUUCCUCAACUAGUGUUCCCGUUUCCUCCAAGUCUGUGAAAGUGCUACCAUUCCGUUGUCUUGCUCUGAAACUGGCUUCCUAGUCUCUCUGCUUCUGGAUCACAGUCCGCUUCCAUCUCCACCAGUGACUCUUCAUCUUCUAGUCAACCUUCAAGUUCAUCAUCGUUCGGAAGUAGCAGCUCUCAAGUGCCUAGCGCCUCUUCAUCUAGCGCGCAGCCCUCGUCGUCAUCUGUCCCUCCGUCCUCGUCUCUUUCCUCCAGCUCUCUUCCCCCCUCAAGUUCCGUGCUACCCCAAUCCUCUCGGCUCUUGCCCUCCUCUUCUCUAAUCCCGACCACUUCGUCCCAAAUCGCCACCACAACUCAAGUCUUGACCACGUCGG